UUGUUAUUGCAGGUGUCGACUAGUUUCCCUCAAGCUAGUGACCUGAUCAGGGGUUCCCCUAUUACCUCUACUUUAGGAGCUUCCCGAGUUGUUAAGUAGAUAAGUGAGCAGCUCUGUGUUCAGUACAAAAUAGGUGAAAGUAGGUAUGGAAAGGGUAACUCUCGCGAGGGGAAAAACCCUAGAGAACUUGUUAGCUCUCAGUUCGACACCUGUGUAUAUUGUACUAUAUGUUACUAUUGCUAAAAGCGCAAACUUUUACUGAUAUCUGACGCUUCUAUUUUAACUAAUGUUCAAAUUGCUUGAAUUUAAAUUAGAAAUUUUAUUUUACGAUUGUAUUACAUAAUUAUAAUGUUAUUGCACUUUUUGAUUAUGAACAGUGCAUACAUGUAUGAAUUUAAUAAAAAUGUUAAUAUUAGUUAACCUAUAAAAUAUUAGAAAUCACAUUGAAUGGUUAAGUUAAAAGUCUGUAUAGGAAUAUGAUUGUAUUUCGAAUUUAAACAGUAAAAUUUAUAAAAAUGUUAGAAAAAUCAUUAGAAAAAUUAGGAUUUACUACAUUUAAAUUACUUUAUUCUUAGAUAAGAUUUUUUUAUAUAUAUAUUUAAAAUGGAUAUUGAAUACAAAUUUAUAAGAGAAAUAGAUUGUAAGCAAGGAGCUGUGCGGUCUGUACGAUUUAGUGUUGAUGGUACGUACUGUUUAACUUGUGGAUCUGAUAGAAAAUUGAAAUUAUGGAAUCCGCACAGAGGAGUUGCUUUAAAAACGUAUGGAGGACAUGGAGAUGAAGUAAUGGAUGCUUGUGCAUCUUGCGAUAGUAGUCAAAUUGUUUCAUGUGGAUUAGAUAAAUCAGUGAUUCUUUGGGAUGUUGCAACUGGAACCUUGGUUCGUCGUUUAAGAGGUCAUGCAGGUCCUGUCAAUACAGUAAGAUUUAAUGAAGAAUCUACUAUGGCCAUUUCUGGAUCAAGAGAUAACUCAGUUAUGUGUUGGGACGUACGUUCUAAAGUCCCAGAACCUGUGCAAUGUUUAGGAGAAGCUAAAGAUUCUAUUUCCAGUGUUAAGGUAUCAGAUCACGAAAUUUUGACAGCGUCAUUUGAUGGGAAGAUACGCAGAUAUGACAUCCGCGUUGGUGAAAUGUAUGAAGAUUAUAUGGGAGAUGCAGUGACAUGUGCUAGUUUCACAAGAGAUGGUCAAUGCAUAGUGGUUAGUUGUGCAGAUGCUGUAGUUAGAUUAAUGGACAAAGACUCAGGAGAGUUACUUGGAGAAUUCACAGGUCACGUAGCAGAUAAUUUAUGCUUGGAAUCAAGCGUUGAUAUUCACGAUACUCAUAUUCUUUCUGGUUCAGCUGAUGGAAAGUUGUGGAUAUGGGACCUAGUUUCUCAGAAAGUUGUUGCAAAACUUUCAGGUAUUAAACCUACAAAACAUCCAAUAGUGUCCUUGUGCGUUCAUCCGCAAACCAACUGUUUCUUAGCUGCUAACGGACCAACCAUUUUAAUGUGGAAUGCUGUGUCUUUGGUGCAGGAAUAAUAUUUUAUAAAGAAACUUCUAUUAUGUAUAUUCUCAAUCACAAGUACAACGUUAUAUUGUAAAAUAAAGUUAAUCGUUAAUUUUUUUUACUGUA